AUGAAAUGUGAACAGUGUCAGAUUACAAAACUUUCAAAAGAGUUUCCGGACGGUACAAUUAGUUCAAAAUGUGAACAUAUCAUGUCUUGGUGUUUGGAGUGUCUUGUGAGUCACCUAAAAGAAACGCAUCAAUGUCCUAUAUGUAAAAUUGAAUUAAUUGAACAAGAAGUUAACGAUUGCUUCCUGUUCUGGAAUAAUUCAAGCUUUAAAAUUGAUAUCGAAAGCCUUUCGCAAGCGCGUGCAGAACUUUCUGGUCCAAAUGAUGCAGAUUCGGGUGUUUUUUACGUUGUCCUAUUAAAUGGAAAAAAGAUAACGUUAAAGACUUCUGAAAUUAAGACCGUUAAAGCUUUAAAAUAUGCGUUAAGAGAUGCUACUAAGAUAGAAAUUACAAAACAAAAAUUAAUUCAUAAUGACGUGGAACUUAAUGACUUUCAAGAUGACACAACUAAUAGCAGCACACUAGAAAACUAUGGAAUUCAUUCAAAUAGUCAUAUUCAGCUUAUUGUCGUUCUUUACUCUAUUACACAGGAUCAAGCUUUAACAAGUUUAAUUUUCGAUUUAUAUUGGGGAUUCCCUAGUUCAGGACAAGACUUUCUUGAUGGUACUUGUUUGAUAUAUGCCAGUGAUAAAUUGUGGAAAAAAUAUGACUAUUUAUCCUCAUUUUAUCCUAGCAUACCAUAUAUCAAGCAUUCUGGUGAUGUUAUAGAUCACGAAAAUGCUAGAGGACAUCACAAAAUAUCAGUGAAGCUUGACCAACUUCCUAAUAAUGUCGGUCAACUUUACCUAAUCCUAAGUUCGUGGAGAUCUCCGACAAUUGGACAUUUUCGAAAUCCAAGUUUUAAAUUAUAUGAUGAAGCAGACCCAGAAAGGCAAUUAUGUAAUUAUACUAUAAAACAAGCCGCAAAUUCUCAAGCUGUUAUAAUGUGCCUUAUUAAUCGAUCGAAUAAUGGAGCAGAGUGGAGGAUCUUAAGUCCAGACAAUAGGCAAGAAAAAAAAAUUCCAGGUUCUAAAGUUUCUUUUACAAUAUCACUAUUUUUACAAUAUCGUCUAUACGAAAAUAAAUUUCCACUAUCCUCACAUCGUAAAUAUCCUCCACAUAUUCCUAAACCUGAAUCUCACAAUCACCAUAAACCCGAAUCUCACGAAAACCAUAAACCUGAAUAUUACAACCACCAUAAACCUGAAUCUUACAACCACCAUAAACCUGAACAUUACAACCACCACCAUAAACCUGAAUAUUACAACCACCAUAAACCUGAAUAUUACAACCACCAUAAACCUAAAUAUUACAACCACCAUAAACCUGAAUAUUACAACCACCAUAAACCUGAAUAUUACAACCACCAUAAACCUGAAUAUUACAACCACCAUAAACCUGAAUUUCACGAACACCAUAAACCUGAAUUUCACGAACACCAUAAUCCUGAAUUUCACGAACACCAUAAACCUGAAUUUCACGAACACCAUAAACCUGAAUUUCACGAACACCAUAAACCUGAAUUUCACGAACACCAUAACCAUAAUCCGGAGCAUUAUACUACUCAUAAUCCAGAGUAUCAUACUACCCAUAAAGCCACUACAAAUGCCGAAAGAACUACCGCCAGAACAACGGCUAAGACCACAGCUAAAACCACAGCCAGGACCACGGCUAAAACCACAGCUAAGACUACAGUAAAGACCACAGCUAAAACCACGGUUAAGACUACAGCUAAGACCACAGCUAAGACCACAGCUAAAACCACGGUUAAAACCACAGCUAAAACAACAGCUAAGACCACAGCUAAGACCACAGCUAAAACCACGGCUAAGACCACAGCCAAGACCACGGCCAAGACUACAGCUAAGACCACAGCUAAGACCACGGCUAAGACCACAGCUAAAACCACG